GUUCUGAUGAUGAUCCAAGUCAAGGUUCUUCGCCCGCAGGAAGCUUUUCAAGAGGGCAAGAUUGUCAUGCAGAAGGACGGCUUUGACAUCAAGAGUCUGAUGUUGAAUGACCCGCACCUGGAGAUCUCGUGCUGGUCGUGCUGCGUCGGGACGAAGCUUAUGCAGACGGAGAAGCCGGAUAGGCCGCAGUCGCCGCAGUCGAUGAUGUGGCAAUUCUUCAAUGCGAAGGACCCGGAGUUGCAGAAGGCAGUCGAGUCGGUUCUUUUGAAGAACAUGCUGGGCAAGGCCAGUGGCGUGUCCGAUUCGUCCAAGCUCCUUUUCCCCAGCGGCAGCGGCUGCGCCCUUCUGAGCUGGCUGGCUUCGAAGAGCAGUCGAACCGAGAUCGAGGUGGAGGUCCAUUCCUUGGAGUCGCUUCCGGAGGGCUUGACUUUCAUCAACCGCGACACCAGCCCGCUUGCAGAGAUCUGGUCGAGCACACAGGUGUUGCCAACCGCCUUUGUCAACACGUAUGAAAUAGUCGUGACCAAGUUGAACGGCCAAGGGAAAGUCGAGAAGCUCGUUGAUGUCGUGGAUGGCAUGCGAGUCGGGUUCCUGAAGCGCGACGUGGACAAGUUGGAUGAGCACAUCGCUUACCUCAAGGGGGAGUUGGCCAUGGCGGAGAAGGAGAGAAAGAGCCUUGCGGUUGAGGCAGGGAUUGAGUCCGAGGGGCCGUCAGAGUCGUUCAAGCAGAAUCCCAAGCGCAUCAAGACGGACGAGGCAGGGAUUGAGUCUGAGCCGCCGUCAGUGACGAAGAACAUCAUCAAGCCGCCUGCAGACGACUUG